AUGAAUUCCAUAGUAUUUUGGAAUUGUAGAGGAGCCAAGAAAAAAAAGGCUUCUCUAUACCUUAAGGAGAUUGCUAAAGAACAUAAAGUUAUUUUUGUUGGCCUUUUGGAAACUAAAUUGUCUUUUAUUUACAGUAAGGAAGUGGAUUCUUUAAUUGGCAUUGGUUGGGAUUUCAAUUAUCUUCCGUCAGCCGGUCUCUCAGGUGGGAUAUUGGUAAUGUGGAAGAGCAGGAUGACCUCUUAUAAUGUGAUAGAAUCAUAUUCACAAUUCAUUAUUGGUUAUAUGGAUAUUCCUCUCAUUGUUAAAUGGAGGAUUGCUACUUCUUAUGGCAGUAAAGAAGUACACAAAAGAAGAGAUCUCUGGAAUGGUUUGGAACCUUACAUUUCUAUUGAUUUUCCUUUAAUCAUAGGUGGGGAUUUUAAUUGUUUGCUUGCUAAAGAAGAGAAGAAAGGAGUUAGAAGAUUUAUAAUGUCUUUAGGACCUAAAGAAAUGAAGUCUUUUUUUAUUUCUAAUAAUCUUUAUGAACUUAAAUUCAUGGGACCUAUGUUUACUUGGAGUAACAAUAAGAAAGGGCAGGACCGGAUAAUGGAAAGAUUGGAUAGGAUGAUUGUUAAUUCUUAUUCUGUCAAUACUAACAAAAUUCUAGUGGUUAAGCAUCUUACUAGAAUCACAUCUGAUCACUGUCCUAUUCUUUUGAAUCUUAACAGUUCGUCUCCUAAAAUCAGCAAAUCUUUCAAGUUUGAGAACAUAUGGGCUUCUUACCCGGCUUCAUUUUCAGUAAUGCAGAACGUCUGGAGAAGAAAGUCAUUGGUUCUCCUUCUGAUAUUCUUAAUACUAAAAUGA